UGUAGAUGUGAUGGGUGUAUUUGGGUGACAGUUUGCACUAAGAAUGGGACGGUGUGGGUGUGAUGGUAUGCAUUUUACAGGGGGUGUCUAGGUUUUAGUUAAGAAGCAAAAGAUGACGGACGUUGGAAACUCUAAGGGCUAACUUAUUGAACCAGUCAGUCUCUGUGUAAAUGCUUUAUUUACAUGGUAACUCCUCUAACCAAAGUGUAUUUAUAAGUGAGGCAUGAAGAAGGUGAUUGGCCCUAGCUUACCCAAAUAACGAAUAGCCAAACUGAUACGCAAACCUAGAUAUCUGACUUAAGUAUGUAUUCCUCCCCCAGGGUCCCAGGGUCCAAUAUCAAUAUAUAAGCCCAGGAGAGAGCCAGAGAGGAUCCGAAUGGACCAGUUGAUAUGAUUUUUUUAAAACGUAAAAAAAAAAAAAAGAAAAAAACAGUAUAUCGGGGAGCAUGCAAAACAGGAACCAUUGUCUUUAAUAUAUUAUUUUAGAACUUCCUACAUGCACAGAAUAUUUUGAUCAAAUCAACAUUUGCCUGUUGCAGGUAGAACCCACAUUUGUCAGGGUCUAAAAGAUUCCCUUGUAAAGUCAGACAUCUUUAUUCUGCAGGCACUCAAACUUUUCAGAUCGCUGCCACAUACCCAGGUGCUCCGCUUUCUUUAGUAUCUUUGAAGAGUUUGCUGGUCAGGUGCUGCUCUUCCAAUGGGGGGACAAGUCAGUCCUGCACCGACUUGUUUUCUAGGCCCUGUAGCAUCCCCACAGCAGGGGGCGCUGCAGUAGUGUUCAUCAUCGUCCAAGUGAGCGACCAGUCCAGUCAGAAAGGGGACCAGGCAGGAAGGGGGUGUGGCAGACAGCUCUCGGAUCUCUUUGGUCAUGCAACUUUAGUACCCAGUGCUCCUUCUGCCCAGACUAUUCUUCUACGCCGUAUUUCAUCACGUUGGAUGCCUUCCAUCCAGUCUUGCAUCCGGGCGGAAAGGAAAGGGCACUGGCUUUUCCGCCUUGCUGGGUUUAAGCAUGCCUCUGUAGAGGGUUUCAUUAGCGUGGUCUCUUCUGUGUUUUCAGCGGCAGCUUGACCGUCCUGAACCACGAAAGACACCCACCCCCACGCAAUUUCUGAGGAGCACAUGGUUGUUUCUUAUCUUCUAGCCUCUCCCCUUUCAUUUCCUGGAUCCCUUUUCAUAAUCUAACUGCGGGACACGCGUCUUUCCACUGACAUUAACGUCGACGGUGACGGCGUGGCCCCAGAGUAGAACUCUCUCCUAAACGCUGCUCCCUCCUCCCCCACCUCCCAGCUCUUCAACAGGCCCUUCCAUCCCAAUUCAGCUCACGCAUCGAGCGCGCGCGGGCAAUAGAUCCUUAUUGUCAAUCCUUAUUGUCAAUCGUAGUUGCCAGCGCUCUGCAAACCUGUCCUACCUCUCCGUGUCCCCAGAGGUCUCUCCAGCUGACCAGACCUUUGCCUGACAGCUCUUGGCACCAGACGCUUGGCUUGCGAUCUAGAGCGUGCAAGGCUCCUCCAGGCACCACUGGACAAGUCAUGGACUCCUCCUGUCGCCUUUCUCCUCCACCUCCCAGAGCCCAGAGCGCACUCUAGCUGUCGUUUUGGGCAAUCUUCCAAAAGUCAUCUUUGUCCUGGGGGUGCUUUCCAGAGUAAAAAGGAAGGUGAAGAAAGAGGAAGAAGGGAGUUGGGCCGGAGGACGAGGCUGGAACUGCUAGGAGAGUGGGCGGAGCCUCCAGCCAGUGGGGGUAGACAGGGAGGAGUCUGCAGGGAGGAUCUGGGUGGAGAAAGGGGCUGGGCUAGCUUAGGAUGGUGGGCUGGCCACGCAGGCGCGUGGGGCCGCGGCGAGAACCCCACGCGGGAGCUUUUGGAGUCCCCAGUCGCCGCUUCUCACUUCACUGGAGAGGGGUCCGGGAGGGAACCAAUAAAGAGUGAAUGUGCCGCAGCCCCGGUGGUGGCCGAGUUGCUGCGAACGACCCCGGAGUCGUGCGCUCGGGAGGCGGCGAGGGGAGGCGGUUCGCCUCGUCCCUCCCACCCGCCCCUUUCUCUCUGUCUCUCCCUCCUUUCCUCCCGCUGGUCCCAGAUCCUCGCUCUGUCCGGCCCCUUCGUCCCGGACCUCGCACUCUUCGAUCUCCCCAGUCCUUUACCUAGGGUGUCCCAAAGUGCCAUGGGUUAGGGUGGGGACCGCGAGCCGCGGGAAAGGACUAGCCCCGAUUCUCCGCCGGGGGGCGUGAAGCCGAUCGCCGCUUGCCUCUCGCGGUUGUCCGGCAAUGGGGAGAGCGGUGUGAGCCCGCAACCCCCGGAGCACGCAGGAACAGCGGAGCCCGGCGCCCCGAGGAGCCGGGGAUCUGAAGAAGGAGCGGAGGGAGGGCGAGGAGGCGGGCGGGGAAGCCGGGGAAAAGUGCAGCCAGGAGCAGAAGGCGGCGGAAGGUGGGGAUUGAUGCUUCUGUUUUUUGUUGCCGCUGCUGCGCUCGCGCUGGGAGCCAAGCCGGAGGGAAGGCGGUGGAGAGAUGAUUGCAGAGUUGGUGAGCAGCGCUCUGGGGCUCGCCUUGUAUCUCAACACCCUGAGUGCGGAUUUCUGCUACGAUGACAGCCGUGCUAUCAAGACUAAUCAGGACCUGCUGCCAGAAACCCCCUGGACCCACAUUUUCUAUAAUGAUUUCUGGGGGACUCUUCUAACCCACAGUGGUAGCCACAAAUCCUACCGGCCGCUCUGCACUCUUUCUUUUCGACUGAAUCAUGCCAUCGGAGGGCUGAAUCCCUGGAGUUAUCACCUUGUCAAUGUCCUGUUGCACGCGGCCGUCACCGGCCUCUUCACACGCUUCUCCAAGGCCCUGCUUGGGGACGGAUACUGGACUUUCAUGGCGGGCUUGAUGUUUGCCUCGCACCCCAUUCACACGGAGGCAGUGGCGGGCAUCGUGGGCCGGGCAGACGUGGGCGCCAGUCUCUUUUUCCUCCUGUCCUUGCUCUGCUACACCAAGCACUGUUCUACAAGAGGCUACUCAGCCAGAACUUGGGGCUGGUUCCUGGGGACAGGACUGUGCGCUGGAUGCAGCAUGCUGUGGAAGGAGCAAGGAGUGACCGUCCUCGCAGUUUCAGCCGUUUAUGACGUCUUUGUCUUCCACAGGCUGAAGAUGAGGCAGAUUCUUCCUACCAUUUACAAAAGGAAGAACUUGUCUCUCUUUCUCAGCAUUAGCUUGUUAACAUUCUGGGGGACCAGCCUUUUGGGUGCCCGGUUAUACUGGAUGGGCAAUAAACCACCAAGCUUUUCCAACUCCGACAACCCCGCUGCUGACUCGGACAGCCUUUUGGCUCGCACGCUCACUUUCUUCUAUUUACCUACCAAGAACCUCUGGCUAUUGCUCUGCCCGGACACCCUGAGCUUUGAUUGGUCCAUGGACGCCGUGCCUCUUCUCAAAACAGUUUGUGAUUGGAGAAAUCUACACACUGUGGCCUUCUAUUCUGGACUUCUCCUGCUCGCCUACUGUGGUUUGAAGAGCCCAAGUUUAGAAGGAGAGUGCAACGGGAAAGCUGUGACAAACGGCAAGCAGAACGCCAAUGGCCAUAGUUGCUACUCAGACGUGGAGUACCGGAACUCAGAAAUUAAGCCCAGCUUUGCAUCCAAAGUAGAGAAUGGAAUUAAAAGUUGCGUAUCACAGAGACCUCAGCUCCCUUCCACUGAGAACAUUGUCAUCCUGUCUUUAUCUUUGUUGAUAAUACCUUUUAUUCCUGCCACGAACCUGUUUUUCUAUGUCGGCUUUGUAAUCGCAGAGCGAGUCUUAUAUAUUCCCAGUAUGGGCUUCUGCCUUCUGAUCACAGUGGGCGCCAGAGCCCUUUAUGUCAAAGUACAAAAGAGGUUUCUCAAGAGCCUGGUUUUUUAUGCUACAGCAACGUUAAUUGUCUUCUACGGACUCAAGACUGCGAUCAGGAACGGAGACUGGCAGAAUGAGGAGAUGCUGUAUAGAUCAGGGAUCAAAGUGAACCCCGCCAAAGCAUGGGGUAACCUUGGAAAUGUUCUGAAGAGUCAGAGUAAAAUCUCUGAAGCUGAAAUCGCCUAUAGAAAUGCUCUGUACUACCGCAGCAACAUGGCUGACAUGCUGUAUAAUUUAGGGUUGCUGCUCCAAGAGAACAGCAGGUUUGCAGAAGCUCUCCAUUAUUACAAACUGGCUGUCGGCAGCAGGCCUACCCUGGCUUCUGCCUAUUUAAACACCGGCAUCAUUCUCAUGAACCAAGGGAAGACAGAAGAAGCCCGACGUACAUUCCUCAAGUGUUCUGAGAUUCCAGAUGAGAAUCUGAAGGAUCCUCAUGCACAUAAGAGUUCUGUUACCAGCUGCCUGUACAACCUCGGGAAACUCUAUCAUGAGCAAGGACGCUAUGAGGAAGCCCUGAGUGUUUAUAGGGAAGCAAUUCAGAAGAUGCCAAGGCAGUUUGCCCCUCAGAGCUUAUACAACAUGAUGGGCGAAGCCUACAUGAGACUGAGUAAGCUUCCUGAAGCUGAGCAUUGGUACAUGGAAUCAUUGAGAUCCAAGACGGACCACAUCCCUGCUCAUCUUACCUAUGGGAAGCUGCUGGCGCUAACAGGUCGUAAGAGUGAGGCUGAAAAGUUCUUCUUGAAGGCUAUUGAGCUGGAUCCUACCAAAGGAAACUGUUACAUGCACUAUGGUCAGUUUCUCCUGGAGGAAUCUCGCCUCACAGAAGCAGCCGAGAUGGCAAAAAAAGCAGCUGAGCUGGACAGCACAGAGUUCGAUGUCGUCUUCAAUGCUGCCCACAUGCUCAGACAAGCUAGCCUCAAUGAAGCUGCGGAGAAGUAUUACGAUCUUGCAGCAAGACUGAGACCUAAUGAGAGAACAAGAAAAGGUCUUGGGACCAACCUGCCUGCAUUGUCUACUCCGUUCCCUUUAUCUUCACGAAUUCAGUUUUCCAGGACGUCCUGUUCUGCAACAGCUGUCCUGAACCGCUUCCCAUAGUUAGCAGACGACUGGGGAACUGACAAGCUGUUUGCAACAGAGAAAACCAUCCUAAUGGCAAGUGCAGUGACAGCUAAAGUUUAUUGUACACUCACCUGUCACUCACUUUGCUAGGUACUUUGCAAGAAUUUGUUUAUUGCAACCCCUCAGCUGCUUUCGUGGCCCAGAAGGUGCCCAAGUUAAUGCCUCGCCUGACAACACAGCUUUAUAGAGUCACUUUGUCAUUUAAAAGAAAAAAGGAAAGCUUAACAAAGUUUAAAGGGGUGUGGGGAAGCAAAGCGCCACGAGGCCAUACACAUUGUCUAUGUGGCGAGCCAGCAUACUAUCAGCAAAAAUCAGUUUCUUUGCUCAUUUUGUGUGUCUAGUGAGUACCAGGUCCUAUUGUAGGCACUGUAGGAGAGAGAGAUUUCCUGUAGAAACUUAAAACUGGGCUGAAGCGAGAAGGCUACAUAAUAUCUCAGACAGUGCUGCGUGUUUGCAGAAAAAAUGAAGCAGUACGGAAGUUAGGAAUCCAACCGAAAAAGAAACCCCUAAAUUUUCUAGUUUGAUACCUUUGUGCAGUUUUUAAAGACUUUGAAGAAGUGUUUCACCUACAGUCACAUUGAAGGCAGGCAACAGGGAGGGGGGAUCUGCUUUCUUUUCAUGGAGGUUGAUUGACAUAAUAUGUUGUAAACAUAUGUAAACUACAUGAUAAUUAAGAUGAGCUUUUCUUCUUGGCAAAUCAGGUCCUCUGAAUGUCACAUUUAAUAUUGCUGUGUGAUUGGUUAAAUGAUGGUCUUUAUCACAGAAUAACAUCAUAGGGAAAAACAAAUGUCUGAGCUGUCUGGCCUCUGGAAAAAAGAAAGAUACUUAGAGUCAGAGUGCAAGCCUGACUUACCAAGUUGCGUUUUAAAAAAAAAUGACUGUCCAAAUCAUAAAAUCAAUAUUUAAUCUCCAAUGCAACACCCUUUUCCCGAGAGACCCUAAAAUAUUUCACCAUCAAUUUGCUUUUGAAAAUGCAUUUAUUCAAACGAUCCUUUCCAUAACUGGCAGGAUUGUUUUUUUAUUGACUUUGUUAUAAAGUUUCCAUUUAACAAAAAGUAAAUGGUGUUUUAAUUGACAGAUCAACAGAUGUGCAUUGUUCCCAAUUAAUUUUCAAUUUGCUUGGGUUCUUAGUUGAUACUCUAGUGUAUAUAAAGUGACACAGAGACCAGAAGGAUGGGAUUGCAAACCAUGUCACUUGUAUUUUUUUGUCUGAAAUGGAGAACUCUUUGAGCAACAGUUGUAGUUUAUUGGGAAUCCUGCAUUUGAGGUAAACAGAAGCACCUACCCAACAUGCAUCUUGCUAUUCAUUAAUUCCCUUUGUUCAUAAAAGCAUCUUUUUGUUCUUUGCUGCAGUUAAUUUAACAAAUGACAUUAUUGAUUACUUGUUUGUAAGAGAGAGGAGACCUAACAGAUAUCAAUUCUCCUGGCCUGUUUAAAUAGAGCCAUUUCUCAUUUUGUUUUGUUUUGUUUUGUUUUCUCAUCUACACUAGUCAGCCAAACUUACUCCUGUCAUAAACUUUCUCUUCUUUUUGGGUAAAUGAAUACCAUUUCCAUUGUGGUCAUCAGGGUGCUGUUUGUGGAUAACUAAAGGUCUAACAGUGCUCAUGUGGGGCCAUACUGUAUAAUAAUGUAAAGAGGGUGACUUGUGUGACACAUCUUAUUACCAAUAUUUAAGAGGUUUUGAUGGGAAUGGAGAGAUGGUUCAUUGGCUAAGGAUGGGUUCGCCAGGCUUCCCAGAAGCCACUUCAGCAAUCCACCUCUAACUCCACUGCCUGGGAUGGCCUCCCUGGACUCCAGGGCCACUGAGCUUCUGUGCUUAUUAUAUACACAACCUCCUCUCUCACUGAUAUACACAUGUAUGCAUAAUUUACAAUAAAAUCUCUUUUUAAAGGAUCUUUAUUUCUGAGAUAUACUUAUUUCUUUGUAAAGUACUGAUUCCAUUCAUUUUUACCUACCCUGCAAUUUCUCUCUCCCAAAGCAUAUUGUUCUACAGAAUUUAUGGUGAAAUAGAUUGACCUUUUGUAGUGUAGCUCCAGUGAUAAAAUGUUGAAAUAAUGAAACCAAUCUAGAUAGUUAGGAGCAUUGUAGAGUUUUAGAAUUAGCUUUGUCUGCUGCUACAGCACCUGAUAUGUGGCCUCACUGGAGGGCACAACUGGAGGGUCUUGAUCGUUCGCAGCACACAUCAUCGGUCUGUCUGCUAUAGCGUGCCAGAUUCCACCUUCUUAGCAGAUAAUGUGUGGAAAUUGUUCUAAAAGUAGAUCUCUUGUUCCACUAAUUUUUUUUUUUUGCAAUACGAAAAAGGAUCUUAGCAACAUAGCGUUUGUUAGUUUCCCUUGUUAUAAGUUGAGCUUUGUGCAGAAUUAACUCUGUGACGAUCCUUUUCUGUCUACCUCCCCCAUCCACUUAAGCACAUCAAAAACUGCUGACUCCUGAGAGCUAGGGAACAUUUAAAGGAAACUACUUUGUUCUUUGAUUGGGAAUGAAGCCAAAGUCUGCAUUAUCUUAAGGAUAAAAGAUUUAAUGUGAGGAAUAGGGAAUUUGCAUGGUACAGAGUCACCUACCUUUACUUGACUUCUUAUAUUUUUGGUUGUGAGCCUAGCCUUUAACGGCUGAGCCAUCUCUCCACCCCCUUUACUUGACUUCUUAUUCGCUCUUGAGUCCAGGCGGCAAAAUUACUGGUGCCUGGGUUUUCAGGGCAGAUUUGUCGAUGGCGUAUAGUCAUUGCAGCCAUUUCUAACUCAAGUGUCAACAUUAUAUACGACUCUGCCUGAUGGAAUAGAGUUUCACAGUUAUGAAAAUUUACCUCUGACCUUGAGAACUAUACAACAUAAUGUAAAAAAGGGGGACAAGGGCAGGAAUGUGCCUCUCAGUCCUCAGAUAUCGGAACAGUAAAUAAUGCUAUCAAAUAAGGGCUUUGGGGAGGAUGUAAAUUAGGUGCAAAAUAAGUGGAAAGGAGAAAUUUACUUUCAUCUGGGUUGGUCUUAAAAGGCUUUGAGUUGGAGUAGGAAAGCUUAAAGAUCCUUGGAAUGAGAGAAUCGUAUAGGGGAUUUCAGCAAGGAGGAGGAAGCAAAUUCGAGCAGUGGGGUCGCAUAGAGAGGCAAGGAAAACAGCAGGAAAAAAUGGAAUUGAUAAUUCAUCUAAAAACAGGUGAAAUUCAUUGGGUAUCACCCUUAAAGAUCAGAAGCCUCUACUCUCUGAUUUUGACCACCAGUAUAACAGUAGAAAGUAGUAAUUGAGGAUGACAUAAAAAUGUGUAUUAUGUUCAGAGAAGUAGGACUGAAGGCCCAGCCAUGGUAGAAACAAAUAAAGAUCAUUGUAAGUGUAAGGCAAUCAAGAGUAAGGGUGGAAACAGAGUGAGAUAGAAAAUAUAUAUAUAUAUGUAUAUAUGUAUAUAUAUAUACACAUAUACAUAUAUAUAGGAAAAUUGUGAGUAGGAAAAUUUGACUUCAGGUAACUUAGAAACAAAGAAAUAUCAUAAGACAAAAUAAGAUUAUCAGAGUUGUAUGUUUAUUUCAAGAACAGAGUCUUAGGUUUGAACUUAACAUAUUCUGAAUGAGUAUAAGGGUGUGUGGGUGUGUGUACUAUUGUCUGUGUUGUGUGUACACACAUAGGUGUGUAUAUGUGGAUGAGAGGCUCUGGAGGCCAGCAGUUGAUUUUGUGUGUCUGCCUUUAUUGAUCUUCACUGUAGUUCGGACACACAUUCUCCCAUUGUGCCUGAAACUCAUCAGUUCGGUUGGUCUGGCUAGCCUGGCUGACCAGCAAGCCCAGGAAUCCUAAUGUCUCCAGCUCACUAGCUCUGUCACUGUAGAUGAGCACAGUCAUUCUUAAAGUUUUACAUGAAUGUUAAGGAACAAAGCCAAGUCUUCCUGACUGUUUAGUAAACAUUACACUGGCUGAGUUGCCUCCAAAGCCCUAUUCUGAAUUUCUUUUUCUUUUUUAAUUAAUCACUUUAUUCAUUUACGUUUUAAACAAUAUUCUUCUCGGUUUCCCCUCCACAACCCCCCAAUCCCAUCCCCUUCUUCCCCCUCCCAUUUGCCUCCAUGGGGUGCUCCUCCACCAACUUACCCCCUCCUGCCUCACCUCUCUAGCAUCCCCCUAUGCUGGGGCAUCAAGCCUCCACGGGACCAAGGGCAUUCCCUCCCAUUGAUGCCAGACAAGGCUAUCCUCUGCUACAUAUGCAGCUGGAGCCAUGGACCUCUCCGUGUGUACUCUUUGGUUGGUGGUUCAGUCCCUGGGAGUUCUGGGUGGUCACAUUAGUUGGUAUUGUUCUUCCUAUGGGGUUGCCAAUCCCCUUCAGUUCCUUCAGUCCUUCUAGUUCUUCCACUGGGUAGAUGUUACUUUCAAGAAGUGCUCUAGAGAAAGCAUAUAGUAAAGCAUGAAGAUGUAGGAGUCGUCUCCCCAUCUGCCACACAGAAGAAUACCAGAAAAAUUAGUAAGAGUACUCCAUAGGAGAAGGUGUGAAAGGAGAGUGCCAGGUUCCAACCCUGGGAAUUACAUCUGACUGUGGGAUAGUGGAAACAUCAAAGACAGUCAUAGGAUUUAAACAUCCUAGCGGGUGAACAGUAAACACUGCUAUAAAAGGCAAGGGAAACAAGAAUACUGAUAUCCACUGAUGCAGAGAGAAAGAUGACCCCAGUGGCCUUUAAGAUGCCAUUUCCAUACUAAUGUGGUGGACUGUUUUUCAGAUACUAAGAAAAUGAAGAGUAGUCAUGAGGCUCAUGAGACUUUCUAUACGAAAGUAUGAGAGAUAAAAAAAGAAAGGACCUAAACUUAUAAACUAUUAAAAAAAAGAUAGUUAUAAGAAGUGCACAUGUCUAAAUGUGAUACGAAAAUAUGUCCAAAUACAAGAUGGGAUCACGAAAAUAUUGAAGUCUGAAACAGUUGGUUUCUUUCUGGGAGAUCAAAGAAAAAGCAUGUGAUGUGUUGAAGUGACAUAGGUGACAAAACUGAGUUUAUGUACUAAGGGAAAAGGUAAUGAGUGAAUUAAUACACUAGUCGCUUGGCUAUCUUCUAAUCCUAAGGAAGAAAGAACUGAAUUUGAGAUUAAAUACUCAUGCGUUCCUUAGAGAUUUGAGGUGCACAAGAAACCAUAUUUCUUAGAGGUCUCAAGUAGCUGUGCAAAAUAAUAGCUGCCUGUUGGGGUAUGUUUUUAAGCACACCUCCUGCCUCCCAGUGUUAUAUGUCACAAGUUCGAAAUGAGUUAUAUGGGAAUUUCGUUUUUCUUCAAAAAAAAAGUUUGUUAUGACAAAGUGCAUCUGGUUGAAUAGUGUUUCUAUUCUAUAAUAUAUUACUUUUAAUUUAUAAUACCUUUAUACAGUAAAAAUACUUAUAGGAGGAGGUAGGUGGGGCAGAACUAAGCACCAGCACUAGAAGUCAAGGAGGAAGAAUUUGGAAUUAUUUGGGUUGUUCUGACAUAAGAAGUAUAAAUACCCUGCAUAUAGAGUUCUUUUCUGGUAGGAAUUCUAUUUCUCAACCAUAAUUAGAACAAGAGACCAUGAAAUUAGGUUAAGCUAGACAGAUUCAAACUUGACUAUAUAAGGAUUUUUUUUUGAGAAAAUUAUUGAGAUCACCAUUUUGUUAGGGGAAAAAUGACAGGGUUAAUAAUAAUUUGCUUGGGAAGCACUUAAACCACAUCUAUGCUCGUAAGAGGGGGAGGAACUGUCUGACUUCUCCCAAAACUUUCCAAAAGUUGCUGUGAUGUAGGAAAAACGUGCAUCCUGCAUCUCUGGAGUUUUAGGCAUUGAAUAGUGUGUGUGUGUGUGUGUGUGUGUGUGUGUGUGUGUGUGUGUAUACAUAUAUAUGAUUUGUGUGUGUGAGUGUUCUAACUAUGGUUGAGAUAUAGCAUUGUCAACAGAAAACAUAUAUAUGUGAGUGUGUGUGUGUGUGUGUGUGUGUGUGUGUGCUUGAAAAUCACCAAGUUAGUUGUGUAAGUAAAAAAAAAUUUCAUUACUGCACAUAAAUCUGUCACUAUCACAACUUUUCUAUCAGUUUCAAACAUCAUGUCUACAUUUUAUAGUUAGGAGAUGAAUGAUGUUUUAAGUCCCUGACAGUAAAAAAUGCAAAUUACAAUCAAAAGAGAAAUUAUUAGAUUGUCCUCAUAGUUAUAUUCAGUUGACCAGAAGAUAUUAUAAAAUAUGGUCUUUGAUAGGCUCACAUUCACUUCUCAAAGAUAGUCAUCCAAUUUUUAUCCUGUACUAUUCAUAAAUACCUUUCAUUGUGUUUGAAUGGUUAUACAUUUUAGAAGUCAAAUAACUAAUUCUUAAGUAACUCCAGCAGGAUCAGGAUCAAAGCUCUUCUCUCGGAGAGCUGUAGCUGUGCCUCAAACAAUUUUCAUAUCCCUCCAUCUAUAUUUCCAUGGAGACAGUUCUCUCUGAAGAUCUCUUUUCUAAAUUUUGCUCUGCUAUUCUUUUAUUCAACAAGUUACAAAGUCUAGCUUCUGGUGAAUUCAUUUCUCUCUGCUUACAUUUUAGUUUCUUUUUGUUGUAUGCUAUUUUGCAAACGUUAGAUAAACCAGAACAAAAAUGUACCUCUGAAGUGGCUACAGCUUUUUUCUUGUUUAUCUGAUUUUUCCAAGUCACAUAAUUAGAAGACACUGGGGGUAAGUGAAGUUCAUUUGUUUGCUGUUGGUGUGGGCAAUUUGUAGCCCACUCUGGUGACCUAAGCUAACUUUACGGUUCAGGAGGUAUUGUUGUCUUUCACAAUCCAUAUGCAAACUAUUUUGAACACAAUUUGAAAAUAUGUACGUGUGUGUGUUUGUGUGUGUGUGUGUGUGUGUGUGUGUGUGUGUGUGUGUCUAUUGUUAGUUCCACAACAGAAAAGACUCUUCAGUGGAGGUAAGAGGUAAGUAGAAGCUUAAGUAGCUCUCGGCUAUAAAGAAAAUCAACUUGAGUAUUCUAGUUUAAGCAACAUCAAACCUUGGGGGGGAUUUCAUUUAAUUAUAUUCUCUAAGCAUGUUUAUUUUUAUUGCCAUUUCUUUGAGGUGGUACCCUCAGUAUGGAGUUGUUGCUGUAACUGUGUGAGUCAUGGGACCACACACUAAAAUUACAUCCAGUCCCUUCUCCUCUGAGAAACUCUAUUCUUGGUUUCUUUGAAAAUCCAAAUGUCCUAACCACACUGGCCAGUGUUCCCACCUGGGAGUAUGAGGGAGGAUUAUGUCUACCAUCUGCAGAGGGUCUUCACAUUCUCCACAGUCCCCCUCAGUCAUCUCCACGCUGCCUCCUCUCCUUGUGAUGCCAUUAUAAGUAUUUAUACUUUGGAUCCUUGAUUGAGCACAGAGAGCCGUUCCCCAAAAAUGCACACUAAAACAGGAACAAAUAGCUGUAGUAAGUCUUUAUUCCCCCUUGUAAUUUUAUAGCAACAGUUCCCUCCGUAGUUCUGAGUAUUUCAUCACUCUCUCUCAGUAACAUGAGCCCUAAUCUAGAAAAAUUAGACUUCCCCCAAAAACCAGCAGGUUCAGCAAAGUCAAGAAAAUGCAUAGAUUGUUAAUUUCAUUUCUAUUCUUCCCUAUGUCCUUGAUAAAGAAAAAGCAUGUAUUAUAAAAUGUAAAGGAAGACUAUUGUGAGCAUUUACUAAUUGCAGGGAAUAAUGGUUGAUAUUUUUCAGGCACAUACCCAAUAUACUUUGACCAUAGUAUUACACUCGUUUACCUCUGGCCCCUCCUAGCCAAUCUUUUCCUCUUCACAAAUAAACUGACUUGUACUCUCAUGACUUCUGUCAUUCAGUCUAGAUUCUGUCUAGGAGAGCAACGUGUGAUACUGUCUUUAUAAGAUGGCUUAUUUAACUUAACAUGAUGAUCCUUAGUUCUAUCCAGUUUUGUCUGCAAACAUAAUUUUGUUUACCGUGACUGAGUAAUAUGCAUGCCAUUGUAUAUCUAGGCCAUGUUCUCUUUAUCCAGAGAUCCACUGGUGAACGCUAAGGCUGACUUCGUAGUUUAACAAACUUUCGGAAAGUGGACCUGUUUUCCACAUGGCAUAGAAGCAAGUCUUUCUUUAAGACUGUUGUGACAAGUGUCCAGACUAUUGUGAUGUAGCUGAGAGAGAGCAGACUCAACUCAAGUUUAACCAAGUCAUUCAAGGAUUUCUUACAGUGUGAUCCCAGAAGUAAUUUCCCAACAUAAAGUAGUUUGUCAUACUGAAUACAUUAUAAUGAAGGAAUAUGAGAAAUGGGGUGUGCAGAAGGGAACUUCUUGACACCUCCUUGAGUUUAUCUGAUUUUAAUUUGAGAGGAACCUUCCGUAUCUGAGGAGAGUGAGCAGCGCAGUCUCCAAAGAGGAAGCGAUAUUGGGGAGAAUCUGGACAAAGAGGCCUUGCAAUGCUUCCCCUACCACGUACUGUUGUAUUUGGGGUAGCCCCGCCUUUCCUGUCUUAUUUUCCACUUUUCAUGAUCCAUCAAAUCUACCAUUAGAAACACUGAAGCUAUAAUUGUCACAUAAAGAUUGAGCCAAAUCAAUGUACGUGGAUUUUCUGGUUAAUUUACCUUGUCUUGCCUACUAGUUUCCUAUCAUCCUACUAGUAUAGUGAUACUAGUAUACUAGUAUCACUGUAUCCCUACCAGUGAGUUAAGAUAGCUAACAGGGAAAGAUAGCUUUCUUCUCCUACAGUAGCUGUGGGAGUGGGAUCACUAUAUAACUUCAAGGCCAGAGAAUUCCUGAGUCUGACUUGCAUGGGAUUAUUGCUGAAAGCAGUUCAGAUGAUCAGGUACCUAAAAGAAGGACAGGAAAUGUAAUCAGAUACUGACGGCGAUCAGAUGUAAGGGCUGUCUUCCUGUAUGGAUUCCUACCAUGUGGAUAUAUCUACUGGAGUGAGCAGACGAAAGAUAACAGAGAAGGAUAAGACUUAGUCCAAAGGUUGCUUAGAGGAACCUGAGGGAUGUUUGGUCCAAGACAGUCUUCAUCAUCCUGAGUGACUGUUUUCCCAGACUAAGCCGUUAAAGUCCCUGCUACUUCGAUAAUUCUCAGAGUUGAAUAUUUGUCUUUUCUUACUUGAGUUGGGUAAGUGCCUGGCAGUAACAGUUUUGAUAAAUCUGGAAGAGAAAGGAGACGUACUUUUUUAAAGGAAGGGUUAAAAUAGUAUUUGCUGCAAACUGUUUAUCCUUGACCUGUAUACAACUGUUAUUUCCUUUGACAUCGAUUCAGAAAAUGACUGCUGUGAAGAAAAGCUGUAGUAAGGAGCUAGGGUGAUGGCUUAGUUAAUUAAUGUCCUACACCACUGGCACUAAGAUCUGAGUUCAAUUCCCCAGAACACAGUCGGCUUAUGGUGGUAUGUACCAGUGCUCCAGAGUUUGUGAAGUAGGGACAUAGAAAUGACAAAUCACUGAAGCUCACUAGUCACUCAGAUCUAGCUGAACCCAUGACCCCUAGGUCCUGGGAGAGAUCCUGACUCAAAACAUAAAGAUGGAGGUCCAAUGAGGCAAGAUGCUCAAACCUGCACACUGAAUUCCAUAUUCACACAAAUGUGCACACACUCACACAUUGAUACGUACAAAUACUUAGACCAAACAUCAUACACACACACACACACACACACACACACACACACACACACACACACAUGCAUAUGCACACAAGAAAAGAAAAACGUGGUCAGGAACCUGUGAAUUGUUGAUAUCACAAAGUUAAAACUAUAGGGAAUUCAGCUUCUUUGUGGUUGAAUAUCUGUGUUUGAUAUUAUCAUUAUUCCUAUGGGGUUUCAUCUCCAGUUUGUGAGUGUGUCACUUUCAUAGGUGAUCUUUCCUGAAAUAGCUCCUAGGAAUGCAGCUUUACCACAUGUGUGCAUUUCCGCCUUGCAGUAUAAAUGGCAAGUUAAAAAGAGCAAAUGUGGUAUCAUUAACGAUCCUGUGACAAGAAAGAAUUUGAAAUGGUCUCCUGAUCGCUAAAUUGCUUUCAUUCGAAAAUAACUUGCUGAGUUUAGUAAUGUGGAAUUUUAGAAGAGGAGCAAUUUUGAAAAGAUGACUUAGAUGACAGGUAUGAGCCGCUCUCGAUAAUCCAUAACUGUAAAACAUUAAUUGCUUAAAUCACAUAGGGGCGACGGUGAACAUUGCUUUUGCAGUUGUGUUGUAACUGACCUUAGCAAGUUCUAGGAGCCAUAGAUAUAAAACAAGAAUUCUUCUCUUCAUCAGUUUAAGUUACUCUGCCCUCCCCAUGUAAGCAUGUAAGAGAUAGAUGGACUGUCUUUAUGAAAUCUUUUCUUGUUCUAGCUUGUUUUUCAUUUCGUUAGUUUAAUGUGAAACCUGAUAAGACAUCUAAAAACGAGCAUCUGAAUCCUUACCAGAUACUAAUUUUCCUUUGAGGAAAAUUAUUUUAUGUAUUUAUUACCUUUAACACUAUGUUUUCAAAGGAAAGGGUUCUUUCUCUCUUUUAACAAUAUUCAAUUGUUUGUUUAAGUUUCAUCUAUUAAAAUUGCCUGUACCUUUUCUUUUCUUUUGUGUUUUUUUCUGCCCUUCUCCAGAGCUCUUUAUUUUAAUCACAUGUAUCAAACUGUUAAAAAAAAUCAAAAUUACAGUAGUACAGACUCCCUAAUAAUCAGUGACACUUCCUUAUAUUGAUGGAUAAUUUUUACAUGACACGAGAAAUAAUAAAAAUAUAUGUGAAAGGUAUUAAUACACACUUAGUAAAGGACCAAAGCAUUUUUAAAUGAAUUUAUAUGGCUCAGUCUCCUGAGGCAACAAACUUGAGAAACAAGUCUAUUGUAUUUUAUCGUCUUUCUUAUGGGAAGAGAGAUGUAUACUUAGAAUUUCUAAUUUCUCACCUAUAUUGAGUUGUCCUUCCCUGGGUGACUCUCUCGUUUCUUUGUGUCGUUUUCUUAAGCUAGCCUUGGGAAUGGCAAAUUCCUUGGGUCUUGAGGAAAGAAUUGUUUUGCUACCCAAACAGGACUGUACUCUUUAAUCAGUCCAGGAAAUCUUUACAAGAAACAUAUGCGUCUGCUGAGUGCUUCCUUCAUCGCAUAAUAGGACAUUAUCAUUUUAUUUUCCAGUAUGCUAAUUGGCACCAUAACUCCCAAACAUUUCCUAUAUCUAGGGAACGCUUAUGAAGAACAGAUGAUGGAUUAUAAUCCUCCCCCGUGCAACACCAUAUCAUUGCUUUAAACGUGUUAUCAUUACAUCUGAGCUCGUCUAAACCAUGAACACCAAAGGAUGAAAAAGAGGGGAACAUUCACCUAAACAAGCAUUGCAAGCUGAGCUGGAGGGCACAGGGCUAGUAUCUCCUCACUCAAGAUGCUGAGGCAGGCAAAUCGUGACUUCAAGGCCAUCUCCUCUUUAUAGCCCCACCCCCAAUUCAAAACCACAGAAGGAAAAGUUGUUUAACCCCACAAUUAUAGAUCUAUGUUUCCAUGUACAUUAUGAAUCAUUACGUAGAAGAAAAUGUGAGUAUGUUGGACAACAGAAAAUUACCAGUGUUUUCUUUUUUCAUUAAUAAAUUUCAAACCAGAUAUUAGGCACAAGCCUAACGCCUAGGGAAGCAGAGGCAGAGGAAGCUUGACUUCCAGACAAGACAGAGUUAUACGGUGAGCUUCUAUUUCAAACAAACAAACAAACAAACAAACAAACAAAAAGUCCUAACCUCUGUACCGAUCAAAGAUUAAUAUUGAAGUUCUCAGUCAUGGGAUGUAGUAUACAACUGGAGUUGAAGGCAGUUUGAGCUGUAUAAUCAUAGUGAGUUCCUGGCCAGCACAGGCUAUUGGGGAGUCCUACAGGAAAAGCCAGCCUGAAAUUCUAGACAAUACAGCUUCAGUUUGUGCACUCUGCUCAACAACUCUUACAAAACCCAAAUCAAAGAAAUAGUGAACUAAUACUUGUUUAAAUAUGAUGACGCAAGUUUUGACAAUAAUUGUAUAGUAACCAUUUGGUGGGGGUGCAAAGGAACCAAGGGGUGGAUUCUCGAGGUUAAUUUACACUGCCUUUAGCAUGUUCCUGUAUCCAACUCUGUUAGACAGCUUGUGACCACUGCCUGAGAAAAGUCAUUUGAAUGUAGCAGUAUUGACUGGGAUUCCCUUUAAAGAGGCCAUAGUCUAGAGUUGGCUGGCUCCCUUGCGGCAGGCCUGGGGUAGUAAAGCUUAUCAUCAUAGCUGCAAGAGCUGGAGGAGGAAAGCUGCACCUCUCACUGUAGCCAGGAAGAAGAGAAAGAGACAACCAAUGAUAUCACCCCAACAACUCACUUCUAACAAGGCCCAUUCCCUUGCCUAUCUACCACGAACUCAUCACAUGUGGAGUUAGCACCUUUGUGGCCCAAUCAUUUUUCAGUAUUGGCCACAGCUGGGGACUAAGUUCUCAGAGUGUGAUCCUUCUGUAGGACGGUUCAAGAUGAAACCCUAACUGUGCCCCACAGCUCGUGGUCCCUGGGUCCUGCUCAGUCUAGCACUGGAAAAUGAAAGGGCACACAGAUUGUAAGGCAGAGAGUCGUGUCUACCAUUGUGUCUCCUAUAUGUCAGUUUCUAAGAGAGACCUGGCAGAUAUAAUGAGACAGUUGCACUCCUAUAUGUAAAACAUGCAUAUCUGCCACUGUCCAAAGGCUUGGCAUUUAAUUGUUUUUUUUAAUAACAAUUAUUUUUUUCAGAUUUAUAUGUGGAAACACUGAAAUCAUUGGCAACUUGUAUGCUACAUAAAAAUGCAAGAACUCAACCUCCUGUAUUGCAUCUUCAAAGAGCAGGGACAUCAAGAGAUCUAGCAGUCAAGUUAUUUUGAACUGCUUGAAACAUAUUGCUUAUUUUCCCUUAGAAUGACUCAUGCAAUCACAGGAAAUGUGCUUCUCACAAGAAUCCUUAGAAAGAAUUUAUUUCCUUUUCCUUGCUAAACUGUCAGAAAAAUCUGAAGUUAACUGAAUGGUUUAAUUUAAUGUUGGGAUAGUGUUUGAAAGGGCAAGUACUCUGUAAAAGGGAUUCUUAACCAGCUAGUUCUUUGGAAAGAUCGUUACUGAAUUUGUUUUUUGUUGUUUUUAUCUUCUCCUCUGUAUGUAUGCUUGUUAUUUUGGUAGUGUGAUAGAAUGAUUUGACUCUAUGAUAUCAUAUUUCGGCCAUACGGUUAUUAUGAUAAACCAAGAGAUACAUUUUAGAAUAAAUUUAUUUGUUAAACUUUUAUGAUUUCAUAUAUAGAAUAAGAUAUUUAAAUACACAAUAAUCUAAACAUCCCUUAAAUGCAUAUAGAGUGGUAUGCAUUUACCUUUUUAAAUUUUGGUUUAUGAAGAACAACAUCAACCGAUGUGCCAGGGUUAUAUCAUUGCUGUGCCUUUUUUUUUUUUAACAGUGUUGAAGAUUGAAACCAGAACUUAGUAUUUUCUAGAUAAAUGCUCUACCACUGAGCCGUCAUUCCACCACUAGAACAUGCUGAACUGGUUAUAGGUUUUUAAAUCAUUACAAUGAAGUUUAAUUUGUCACAAGAGUCUAAAAAUUCCACUGAGUCAGAAUUGACACUGCAUGCUUUCACUCAGAUGAAAAGAAUUAAGCUGUCUGACAUCUUCAUGCUAUCUACCGCGAGUUCCCACUUUAUAAACACCUCCACCACAUUCAGCAGCUUGAGCCUCACCGUACGGUAAUUACUUAAGUACUCAGUACUUAGAGCAGGAAGAUGUCAUCCCACUUAAUUCUUUUAAAAUUUGGUCUGAAUUUUCAUCUCGGCUUUCAAGGGAAAUGUACUCUUCAAAUGUAUGCUGAUCACUUAAGAUGUGCUUAAAAAUGUGACAGUCGAUAAAAGUUCCAGAACUCUGCCAGACGAGCAUAUGUGACUGAUGGCUUCAGAACAAGCCAGGGUCAAGAGUGUAAGCCAAAUAAAUGCCAAGCAUUAUAACACACUCCAUCACUGAAGUUUGACCAUCAAAGAGCAAUUCAUCACUUCAAGCUGUCAAAACCUAUUUUGGUUUUCUCUUCCCCGUUCAGUGGGCCUGGCCAGGGAUCAAAUGCAUCAGAGCUGUUUUGAACUAAAUAUUUUGACACAGUAGUAGUACAUAAAGUGUUGUGAACCUUGACAUCUGUACAGAUUAACUUUUAGAUACUUCUAGGAAUAGGCAUACCUCGCUCUGGAUAUAUUAUACGUCAAAAAGUCAGUCUUUACUUUUUUCAUAUACACAAAUGACAUCUAGUUUAUGAAAUACUUAAGACUGUACUGCAUUGUUUAUAAAUGAUGUCAUUGUGAAAGCAGUCCACUUACAGCAUGGCAUCCCACAUGAAUGUUUUUCCUGUCUGAAUGUAUAGCGUAUAGCAUUGUCUUCCUAGAGACUAUUAGCUGUUAUACAUCCAUUAUAUAUCUAUUAAACUAUAAAUAGCAUUAAUUAUAUUAUAUUACAUUAUAAUAUAAUAUAUAUGAUAUAUAUAUUAUAUUAAUUAAUAGAGAAUAAGACCACUACCACUAUUUAAACUCAAAUUGGAAACAAACUUUAAUUAAAUACAGGCCAGAUGGGCUGUGGCCACGUUCCUCCCUGAGUUCCCUGGGAAAUGGUUGUGCAUUACACCUUGCAGAAGCUUUUAAAGGCAACCCCACAAGAAGAGCAAUCUGGUCCAAUCUGGGGCAAGCAUAUAUCCUGACCUCUUUCUUGCCUGUGUACCUCCUGCCCACAUGUGAUCAAGCACAUCUGGUACAGAUGGGUCAAAUAAACAUAGGAGAAGCAGGAACUUCUUCUUCGCUGUAAACAGAACUCUUAACCUGCAAGGUACAUUUUCCCUGUUUGGUUUUACGAUUGUUUGCUUAAAUAAUGUCACUUUCAUUUAAUCAUUUUUAUCUGAUAUGGAACCCCAUAAAAGGGUCUUUUGGCCCACAAAAGGCUCAUGGCUUACAGGUUGAGAACUGCUUCUCUAGACUUUGAAACUCACCCCUUCUUCCAUGCAGAGGUCAGUUGGCUUGCCCAGGCGUUGUGUUCAGUGUUUGUUCAAACAGUACCUCAUAUCAGUCAGUCUUUGCAUUCUUCAGAUCCCUUCUGUUUUCAUGCUGCACAUCACCAUGACCAUCUGGAGUCCUUGUAUCUUUGUAGGAUGCACCUCUUCUUAGUCAAGACCUCGUGAUGGCAGAGGCCUGUUUCUCUCUACUGCAUUUCCCAAGAUAGACUGGGAAUCCUGUAGGUCAUUUGUUAUCAAUGCAGAAGCAUUCAUAGUGUCUUAUUACGGUUUUACCGCUGUGAACAGACACCAUGACCAAGGCAACUCUUACAAGGACAACAUUUAAUUGGGGCUGGCUUACAGAUUCAAAGGUUCAGUCCAGUAUCAUCAAGGAGGCACCAUGAGAGCAUCCAGGCAGACAUGGUGCUGGAGGAGCUGAAAGUUUUACAUCUACAUCUGAAGGCUGCUAGAAGAAGACUGGCCUUCACACAGCUAGGAAAAGGGUCUUAAAGCCCACACCCACAGUAUCACACUUCCUCCAUUAUAGUCACACCAACUCCCAACAAGGCCACACCUCCUAAAUAGUGCCACUCCAUAGGCCAAGCAUAUAUAAACCACUACAGUAGGAUAAUUUCUACAGUGUGUUCUGUUCCCUCUGUUUCAUAGUGUAGACGUUUUAUGCAGUGGAGUGCAGUUGUUGUAAUGUUGUGAAUAUGCCAUGCACAUCUUCUUGUCCCUCAAUAAAACCUGACCUGGAAAGUAGAAACCAACCACAGUCUGGUAUGCUCAGCUCCAUCGUGGUGAUCCUUUACAGAGCUGGAAAUUAAGCCACAAUAUAGCAAAAACGACUGCCAAGAACACACUGAGAUGAGGAACUUCACAGUGUACUCCAAGGGAAAUUCAAGUGAUUGUUAAGAGGAUCUCAAAAACGAGCUGAUUUUUGACUCUCGCUGAAUGUUGGAACUUGAGGUUCUCUCUCCUUAUCCAUGAUACAUUUCUACUGAGUCUUCGGCUUUUCUCUGUCUUUCACCAUCAGUAGCUGCCAUGGUAAAUUGACUGUGGAGUCACGGCUUACUGUAAGUGUCCCACCCCAAGGAUCUCUCUGCAUAGCCUAAAGUGUGAUCCUCUUGCCUCUGCCUCUCGAGUGCUGGAAUUAGGGGACCAUGCCACCAAAGCCAGGUUAUUUAAAAUGAAUCGUCCUUUGUUCAUGUGGUUUGGUCUCCUGUUUGAUGUUCACAGAUCCCAUUUCUAAAACUCAGCCCAUAGCAGAAACCAUAACAAAUCUAACAGAAAGCUCAGAAAUCUUUAGGUGUCAUCUGUAGGACUAUGAAGGCAUAGCAGAAUAUGCUUUUUAUAUUAUUAUCUCCAAAAGCAUGGUCUGGGGAACACAUGCUUUAGAGGCCUCAUACCACUCUUGAAAAGAAACGGUUUCUUACAACAAAGGUUGUUUUUUGUUAUUCUCAUAUGACUUUAAAUUGUUUAAAUUGUAAAGUGUUUAUUAAAAAGAAAAACAAUUCACCUCAAAAGAACAUCUCUGCAGUUCAGUAGACAAUUUACCUUCUACAAGAUUUCUUUACUCUUAAAAACACCACAGAAACAGUCCAGAGCAGUAAUUGUGUGUGUGUGUGUGUGUGUGUGUGUGUGUGUGUGUCUGUGUGUGUGUGUGUGUGCGCGCGCGUAUGCGCAUGUGCCCUUUAUCUAUGUGAAAAUUAGGAUAGGAAAAUGAGUCACUCUUUUAAUACUUAUUAGUCAGCUUUAUGAGAGAGGGAAAAGUCUAGAAAUUGUAGUUAAUUUCCCUUUGUAGAUGUCAAUGCAUGACCUAUUUUGAAAUUUGUAGCCACAAUAAGGGAACAACUCCAGAUGAGGAGGAAGUGACAAAAAUAAGAGGAGCCAUAGGACUGGGACUGAGAAGGAAAGUAGGCCAGGGACCUAAAUCCCAGUUGAUAGCCCUGAACAUCAGUGUCUUCCUGAAAGUCGGAAGGAGAGAAAAUCCUGUACUCUGUAGGAGCUUUUUGAGGUGUUUCACACCUAUGUCAGAGCACCUGGGGGUGGGGGGGGGGCUGAAAUAAAAAGAUCAUGCACUAUCUUACCUUGGCCUUUUGUGAAUUCAAGGCCAGCCUAGGUUAUGAUUUAAGGUUAAAGAAGGAAGGAGGGGGAGAGGAAGGGAAGAAAGAAGGGAUAAGUUAGGAGGGAAGAAGGUACUAUAGACAUUAAAGUAGCUUCUUGCCUUCUAUGAGAAUGCUUGGUGUAAGCUAGCCUUAGCCCAUUGUGUGGCUUACCAGUUAGUGCAUCUGUUAGGUAGGAUGUCAGGGACCAGGGUCUUAUUUGCAUCUCCUAUGUGGAGGGGGCUGAUGGUGAGGUCUUGAUUUUAGUUUACUAAUCAUAGUGAGUUUUGGAACUUACUGCAAAGACCAAGCUGACAUCAAAUCUGAAACAAACAAACAAAACAAACAAACAUCCUUCCUUCUCUACUUGCAGAGAGCUAGGACUACAUGCCCACUCCAGUGCCUGAUUAUAUGUGGUGUUGGGGACUGCAGUGGCAACCAGGACCUGCACUGAGCUGUGGCUCUAUCAUUUGUUGCCUGCCUGCCUGCCUUCCUUCCUUCCUUCCUUCCUUUCUUCCUUCCUUCCUUCCUUCCUUCCUUCCUUCCUUUUCCCUUCCUUCCUUCCUUUUUCCUUUCUUCCUUUUUCCUUCCUUUUUCCUUUCUUCCUUUUUUCCUUCCUUCCUUACUUCCUUCCUUUUCUCUCUCUCUUUCUCUCUUUCUUUCUUUCUUUCUUUCUUUCUUUCUUUCUUUCUUUCUUUCUUUCUUACUGUUUCUUUUCCUUUUUUCUGUUUCUUCUUUUCUUUUAGAAACAGAGCCUAACCCAGGAUGUCCUCAUAUUCUCUAUGGACCUAAGGAAUGUCUAGUCCUCCUGUAUCUACCCCCUAAAUACUAGAAUACAUCCUGCCAAGUUUCUUAGGCACUGGGGAUGAAACAUGAGGGCUCCAUACUUGCUUUCUCCCUAAUAGAGCCAUUGAAUCAGCAGUUGUUUGAAAAUAAGCUAUGUUUUAAUCCCCUGCCCAAUUUACAUAUACUAGGAGUUUUUCUGUGAGUUGCUUUGGUGGAAGAAACUUAAAGAAAGAUGCAGGGAGAAAAGUCCCAGAAUAUGAUGGCAUCUUGCUAACCCUACCUUAGAGAAAAUACGUUUGUUCUUACUUCUCUCUAUAGAUCGUGUUUACCAAGCUUUCUCUUUUAUCUGCCUAACCUUUUUCUAAUAGAUCUUUUUGCCCCUGAAGAGACAGCAAAGAUAUUUUUAUUUUGUUUUGUUUUCUUUUUUAAUUUAAGUUGCUGUUCCUCUCCAUAGCUUUACAGAUCAUUUCAUUUCCCAAGUUUCUCUUUGGGACUUCUUUUUUCUUUUAGCAUUAUAUUUUUCCUUUUUUAAAAAAAUCAGACUUGUAAAACUAUGUUGGACAGAAAUUGGCAUUUUAAAUGAUCUUAUUAAUUAAUUUUAACACAUGUGUAUGUGACAUGCAUGUGAGAGCCUGAGUACACACAUGGUGUGGGUAGGGAGCCGAGAGGGCAGUUUUCAACCAUCAGUUCUUGCUUUCUUCCAUGUUGAGGAAGACUCUCCCUUCUUGUUUCCUGCAGCUAGCUGGCCCACAGACGCUAGAGUUGACGUUCCUCUCUCCAGACCCCACCUUACAGUAGGAGUUCUGAGAUUACAGGUGUGACACAUUGCAUCUUCCUGUAGGGUAAUCAGGUGUGAGGGACAAGCACCAUUUUGUAGCCUCCCACUAGAAUUUUAGCAGUUAACCAUCUCUUUUGUGCUUCGUUUUGCAAAAUUCCUAUAAGAUCUCUCAUAGAAUUCCUCAAUGAUUUCUAGAAAUAAUAUGGAGAAUGUACUACCCAAUUAAAAUUGACAAGAAAGUGGGGCUUUGACGUUGACUAAAUAAAGCCAAGAUGCUAGAUCCACCCUGGGACUCUGUGUUUGAACUUAUCUAUAAUUUCUUCCCCACAAUCAAUGCUGAUAAUGUUUUUACCAUGGGCAGAAUUGGCAACAGUAAAGUCCUGCUAGCCACUGUUGAUUUUCAAAUCCAAACCCUAUUAGUGAUCUUGAGAACAAAUGCUGUAUGUAAGGAAAUGAAAAAGAACUUUUAAAUUUAUAUGACAUAAUUGCUCUCUACCUAAUGUACAUUAGAAUCGCCUGGGGAUGUCUGCAAUUUGCCAAGAUCUAAGUUGGAACCAAACACUUGAGUUUAAUUUUUCACACUCAGAAGUCCUGAAUUCAAGUUUUGGGAAGUUCCUGAGUGAUUUUGAUGUAUAGUUAAGCUUGAGGACCAUGGCUUUUUGCUUGACUCUGGCUACCACCCAGUUCUGAUUUAACUCCUUGCUAUGUGACUUAGGGACUCGUAUUUAAAGUCCCUUGUGUUUUGAUUUGCUCAUCAGUCAAUUGGCCACUAGUAGUCUUUAUCAAAGGAUAAUUCUGAAAAUCCAUAGAAAUAAAAGAUGGAUAAUAAAGAUAGUUUCUGAAAGGUAAUGUAAGUGCUCACUUUCAGAAUCAUCUCAAAGGAACAAUCUCGAAGAUGAGACUGGGGGGUGGGGCAUGUCUCAGGAGCAUCAGGACAGGUAUGGGUACAUCUUUAGCCUACUUGUUGCCCUGGGAAGAGUGAGUAAGUACGGGUUGCUUGCUGAGCUUGGGGUCUGGGACAAAGCAACAAGUGGGAGGAGAAAAGUUAAAAGGCAGAAGAUCUGUGAAAUCCUCAAGAGUUGGGCUGAACUGCCUGACCUGGUUGUCCUGCUACAGAGCUGGAUAUGAGAGUUGGGGGCUUGAAGCUGGGGUUUGGGCAGAGAGAGAAGGUUUGCAGGCAGCCUACCUGGCUCUCUGGAAGGCCUGGCUUGUGGAUUAACAGGGGGAGCCUGCUGGAGUUGGGGGCUGAGAAAGAGUAACCAAACUGGCCUACUUUUAUCUUAUUUUAGGUUUGGAAAGGUCUGUCUAUGAUCUCUUCAUACUCCAUAUUUUCAAGAUCCAAUGCACACAGUUGACAGGGCCCCCAGUUUGAAUUGUGAUAGAAAUAGUGAGAAAUAGCAUCUUUCCCUCUCCACUCAGCAUUUUUUUUCUGUCUUCAUUUUCACAGCAUGCUAUAUUAAUAAUGAAGCCAGAAAGGUGCUGAACAAUCUUAAUGUUCCAGAAGAUUGUUACUGUGGGCUGCUUGUUUCAAGUGUGAUAUUAAGAUAUCUAAUAUUCAGAAGAAUUAAAAAAGUAAAAUUAUAUCUAGUCCUACUUUCCUAGGUGUAGUUUGUAUUACAGAGAUAGUGCUUAAAUCCAUGUGCUAGCUGAAGGAGAAAAGAAAGAAGUCAAUUACACUUAGAGAAACUCAAUGAAAUAUACUUGUAAAGGACCUUAUUUCUAACAUCGUAUCCUGGUACGACUGUCACGUUCAUACCCUUUAGAGAGAAAACCCAUUUGCUGUAAUUUAAUAUUGAAAGCACCGAUUCUACUGCUUUGCAUUUAAAAUCCCACAGCUGACUUAGUGCAAGCAUUUCACAGAGUCAACCUCUACACUUGAUCUUGUUCGCCAGCAGCUCCUUACUGUAAUCCAAGUGGGCACUGAAACUAGAAGCAGCCUCAGUUCCUUCAGAUCUUCGAAGCAUUCUAUCUCCGUGUCUUAGAGCUUCCCCUCCCCACACCCCUCCCUUAGCUCCCUCCCAGCUGCCACCACCUUUGCUGGUCCUUAGAAUGAUCCCGAGAUCACACAAGUUGUCUCUUCCUUCUAAGGUUCAUUGCCUUGCAUGCCGCACAGAGAUGUUUGAGGAGCUAACUCUUGUCCACAACUUUCAACCACAUUAAGUUUGCCUAAUCUAAUAGUCCAGCUAUUGAAUCAAAUAUCUCAAAUACAAGGCAGAUACCCCAAGACAAUAACAGUCAAGUUCAACUUGCUUUUCUGCUAUUCAGACGUCAGUGACUAAAUUUGGCCACAUCCCUAAUAUUAGGGAGGAUUCAGAGCACAUCUCCAUGUUCAACUUAAGUUUCUAGGUUGUUUACUAGUCACUAAUCACAUACCAGUACCCACCCUGACCUGUCCUAAAACCAAUUUGCUUUAUUUAACUUCCCCUAUGCACAGAUAACAUUUACACAAGCCUUUUAAGCUAAUGGAACAGAACCAAAGACAGUUUAGAGGACAGUGGGACAACUGAGGUAUUGCUAACAUUUUGUCAAUAUUUUUUAAUAGCAAUGAACGUUUAUUUAACUUUUUUUGUUUUUUUUUCUUGAUUUCACAGUGCUGCAAAAAGCUUCUGAUAAUAUAUUUUCUACAAGUUUUCUUCUAAGAUAAAAUAUUAAAUGUGUGAUUGGUAAGGCAUUGGUGAACAUUUUUCAUCCGAAUAGUUGCUAUGUUACCAAUUUACUUUAAAAAGAUAUUUAGACGAUUCAUAAUCCCACCAGAAAGAUUACUGUAUAUGAAUAAUGUCCAUCUUUUAUUAUCAAUCUGAAGAACAAAAAUAUUUGCUUCUUAUUUCACAUUGCAUCUUUGGCUGCUUCUGGGACAGCUUGGCUAUUCCUGUGUAUAUGUUCCACAUUUCUCUUCUAGGAGGAUUGUCUUUCCUGACUCCCACUAUUUCUCUGUAUCAUUCGUUUAUUUUCAAAAUGUCUUUCCUUUUUCAUUUCAACAUUGGAGAAAUGUUAAAGAAGACAUAUCCAGCAGAUUUUGUUUUUAAUUUUCAGUUUAAAAUUAUAAUUCCUUUUGACUUUUUAAAAAUCUGUUUCCCUAUGAAUUCCAUUUAAGUCAUUGAGCAACUGUGUGAGAAUCCUUCAUAGUUUUUAAGCUUUCACUGAAAAAUACAUGGUAUUCAGUUAAUAAAAAUGAAAGUACAUGGCGUAUCACUUUGGUGUGAUGCUCAUGGCAGCUUAUAUGCACAUUCAGAGUGACAGGUUAGCAUAUGCAUGUACAUAGCAUGUUGCGCAACAUACAGAAAUGGAAAUCAGUAUGCUUCUUUUCAAAUUAGAGGCAGUUCCUUUCUCCUGGGGUACCUAACUCACCAACUCUUUUCAUGGUCUCUGUCUUACUCUUCUACAGUGUUUCCACCUGUACAGAGGCCACACCCCACUACUUGCUAUUAUAUUAACUGGAGAUGACAGUGGAGCCUAAGUGCUCUGUCUUCUCUUGGGUAUUUCUGUACUUGUUCACUAGUGCCUUCAACAUGAACAAGGCCAACUGUAGCCUUGACUUAUCCUAUCGGAUAAAGGUUUUCUUCGUGCAAGUUUAAAAUGUCAAUUCAUUCUAAACACCCAAUUCAUGCUUUCUUGGUGAAUUAUAAUUUCAAACUUGGUGAAUGAAAACGGCCCCUAUAGAGUCAUAGGGAAUGGUGUUAUUGAAGGUGUCACCUUGUUGGAGUGGAUGUGACCUUGUUGAAUGAAGUAUGUUGCUGGGAAUGGGGUGGCUUUGAAGUUUCAGAAGCUCAAGCCAGGCUUAGUGGCUCACUCUGUCUUCCUGCUGUUUAUGGGUCCAGCUUAGCUACCUCUACAGCACGACAACUGCUUGCAUGCUGUCUUGCUUCCUACCACAAUAAUAACGAGCUGAACCUCUGAACUUUAAGCCAACUCAGGUUAAAUGAUUUGCUUCAUGAGAGUGGCCAUAGAUCUGGUGUCUCAUCACAGCCAUAAAACCCAAAUAAAAACAGUGAACACCAUAACUCAUGGCUGCUAUGGUUUGGAUGAGUAUCCUCGAAAGUUCAUAAGUGAAAGCUUGGUUCCCAGUCUUAUCAUAUUGGGAAAUGAUGAAUGCCUUGAAGAAUAUGGAUGGUAAUGAUGAAGGCACAUCCUGUAACAUCCUGUAAUCUCAGCACUCGGGUAGCCUUAGCUACACAGGGAGACUAUAUGUUAAAAAUAAAUAAAGAACUCCCAAGUAGAGCUAUUAUGGAAGAUUCUUGGGUUACCCUGGUUGGUAGUACGUGCACUAGCACCAGCUUCUGCCACAUAUCAUCCUUCCCAGAAAUGCAAGGCAAUAGAGCCACCAGGUUAUGAACUUGUAUCUCCUAUAUUGUGAGUCAAAGCCAACUAUCAUUAGCUUCAGAAGUAAUCUGAGUCAGGUUCCGUUUUACUGCUACAAGGCCAACCAAGACGAUAGACAAACCUAGCCACAAUAGACACUAAGGGAUAUGGCAUCUAAAUGUUAGGCAUGUGGCCAGGAGAAAGGUAAAAAUUAUACAUGAUUAGGGGAUCAACAGCAGUCUCUACUACAUUCCUUUGUUUCCCUUGCUGACUAGAUACAGGUUUCUGUCUAUAACAUUAUUUUGCAUAGCCAAGUAGACAUUUCAUUUAUGUCUUUGCUGUAACCAGGAUUAAAACUAUACAUAUAUUGUCUUGCAGUCCUUACCAGCCAUGCAUGUAUCAAAUAGCACCUAAUUAUACUAGUUGAAGAUGACUAAAUAUGACUUUGAAGGUUCGUUGUCUUGACAAAUAAACAUGUACCAAAAUUAAAAUUUAAAAAAA